GGAAAUGUUAUUGGAAAUUUGUUGCAAAGACUACUGAUGAAAAAAGAGUAGAAAUAUUGAACCAUAUACAGAUUUCUGCUAAGGAUACUUGACUUCAUCUUUCAUAAAAAAUUCAGAUAGUUGUACUAGGCUUAGGAUUCAUUCAUUAUCACUAUGUUCUUAUACAGUAAUAGAUAAAAAUUAUGCAGUGUACUACACACUAUAUAUGCUGUACAAAUUUUAGUAUUCCAGCUUACUUUAAACUUUUAAAUUCAUCACUGCAUAACUCCCAUGAUCUCAUAUUAAAAAUGUGUACUUCCUUUUCUUAAUUAGAAAAUGUCAAAGGACAAGAUGUCAUUUUGACAUGACUGCUGAGUUCAUUUGACAUAUUCUCCCUAGGUGGUGUUUGAUAAAUAUGCAUAUAACAGAAGUAAUUAAAUUGAAAGUUACCCAGCUGUCAGAAAAAGGCACAAAGACAAACAUAAAGAAUGACUGUCACUACGAGUCAAGCUAACAUCAUCAAGUAAAACAAAUUAAAUUUUCCCUUACCUUUUGCUUUAGUGAGAGGCAGCUUGGGAUGUGAUCAGUCUUAGUAAAGUAAAACCCUAUAAUAACAAUUGCCAAGCGUUUUUUUAAAAAAAAAAACCUUUGAUAAGUGUUGAGUUCAAAGAGAGAGAAAGCAAUUACAAAAGCUGCUGUCCAACAAUCAUUACUCACACACCACUCCUGUUGAUUUCAAAGACUUGUGCCUUAAUAGCGAUUGAAAAGGUGAGACCUAAAAUGAGAAACCAUUAUGAGGUUACAGAGAACAAAGAUAGUAUACCUUCUGGAUUUAUGUCGAAUACAAAUCUAUUAGAAGUAAAAGGACUUCCAGCAAAUGUAUUAUGAGCAUUGCCAUAUUGUUAUGUUAUGGUAAUUAUCUGCAGUAUAUCUAAAUAUGUUUUAACAAACAGGUUCGAAAACAGUAAUCACAAUCACUAAAAUAAUUACUGCAGUCUGUUUUAGACAAGAUUACCUUUGAAAACUUCAGAAGCUGCAGUAGGUGCAGAAUACUUUUCAGUCAUAAAUACAAGUGGGCAGAGCUGUACUGUAUAUGCUUUAAGUGGAACUCAAAAUUGCUGGUUUUUAAUUCUUCAAGUCCUACAUGUUUUGCUAGUAAAUAAAUUCAGGAUGAGCUCCAGAUGGUAUUGACCCCUUCCAGUACACAUUAUCCUAGGUGGGGAGGCUUAGUAUGUCCAACAUUUAUGAGACAGAGAGAAGGCACUUGAAGCAGUAUUUUACCUUACUAACCUAACCCUCCAGAAAGAUCUUGAAAAUGGAUUUCUGCAGAACAUUUAAAACCUAAUGGUUUUAAUUAUCGGUUGGUACAAUGGUUUUAUAGUUUUACUGAUUUGCUGAUUUUGCUGAUUCUAUGUGAUUACAAAAUAGAAUGGGGGAUAGUGGCAUAAACUAGUUUUAAAAUAUUCUUCCCAUUUUGAAGUCUAGACCAAUUAUUUGAUUUUUUCCAUUGGAGAUGGGAUUGAAAUACUUUGGUAACUGCAGUGGAUAUAUAUACAAAACUAGGUGCAAGAGUAAAGCCCAAUUCUAAAGGAGCUAAUAAUUAUAUUCAUUUUUUGAAGAUACAGUAGCUGAAUGAUUUGUCUUCUAUUAGCCCACAUCUAGAAUGUAAUCUCAGGAAAUGAAUGUUAUUCAUUAACUUAUGUCACACAUUAUUCCAAUUUGUCCUGUGUGAUUUAAUAACUAUUUGAAAUAUCAAAGUGGGCAUACUCUAGAAAUUUGAGCUCAAUACAUUUCCUGAAUUAGAAUAAAUUUAGAAUGAACUUCACUUAGAUUAAUCCUAAUAAAAUAAAUUAACAAAAAGUCUAUAGAGUUAGUCUUUGACUUAUAAUUGUUUAGUGAUCAUUUGAAGUUACAACAGUAUUGAAAAAAAAUGACUUAAUUGUAUUUGCAAGGUAGUUUCUUAUGAAAUCCUUAAUGUUUGCAGAAUUUUGGAUUGGAUAUUACCAUGUCCACAAAUAGAAUCCCUUUAUUAGCAAAUGGGAUUGCGAUUAAGCAAUAGAUCCCACUGGAGGAUGACAGCUUUUUUCCUUUGGGGUCAAAUUGCCCAUUUAAAGGAAAUUAGAAUUAUAUUUUUACACGUCAGAAUUCAUUCUGCAAAUGGAGUGAUAAUCUUAAGUGAGUUUUCUGAGAAAUGCAUGCAAACAUUGUGACAGGGUAAAACUGUCUCUCUUCAUAGUUAUUUUUUAUUUAAUCUUUUAAAUAUCCAACUAUAAUAAAGAUUAAAACAUGGCAUGAACAAAAUCAAAAUUACAUUAAAAAUUAGUUGUUCCAGAGGACAAGGCACGUUCGCUUCAAGAUACAGUAUUGUCUUAUUUAAUAUGAAACAUGAAUUACAAAAUUAUCUAAGCCCUGAUGAAUAUCAUUGAAAGAUGACUUUUUGCGCCUUUUCUGUAAUGCAGCUACACAGUUUUAAAAUGUUCUAUUUUAAUAUUAACUGACACACAAAAACCAAGUAAACUGAAAAAAAUAGACACGUAACUCAAUUUCUUUUGCCAAACCAAUGUAAAGUAGAAUAAUGUAUUUAAGUAUGGCACUUAUCCGACCUAAAUGAAACAAAAUACAUCAUCGGCUUUCUCUCUUGAAGUCUCAGACCACCCCGCCUUUUGCAGCCUCCGGGGAGGGAGUUUUUAAUAAUGGCCUGUGUAAACUGAUGCUCAGGCAGUGAGUUUGGAGAAGCGCUGCUUGACUAGAAAUCAAACAGAGCUCAGUCUAAAUGAAAAUCAGUUUGUGAGGGUUAGCAAAAGUUUUGUCUAAUUUAAAAGAAAAUGUCGUUUCUCUCCAAAGCUUUGAAAAUGGAUUGCAAACAGGUGAUUGAAACUCAAAGGAACUAUAUUUAUAGUGUUGUUUUUGGCAAUAAGUUUCACCAGCUGCCCAAACUUUCAGGCAGCACUUCCUUGGAGAUGCAAAAUAAUGCAGCUGCAGCAACAGAGGACAAAGAAGAGGAGAUGGUGGAAACUUCAGAGGAAGCCAAGGGACUUCUCAAACCCAGCCAACAUCCAAGCCGCCGAAGAGUGAAAAGCCUGAAAGAAAUGCCAGGACCCAAGACUUUCUCCAAUCUCAUGGAAUUUUUCUGUAAGGAUGGUUUUGCCCGCAUUCAUGAAAUCCAGCAGAAACAUGUACAGGAAUAUGGAAAAAUUUUCAAGUCUCACUUUGGUCCCAAACUAGUUGUGUCCAUUGCAGAUAAAGACAUGGUGGCUCAUGUUUUACGGGAAGAAGGUUGCAUGCCACAAAGAGCUGACAUGGAUUCCUGGCAGGAAUACAGAACUUUACGGGCGCGAGCUACAGGGCUUAUAUCAGCAGAAGGGGAACAAUGGCUAAAAAUGAGACGUGUACUAAGACAAAAAAUGGUAAAGCCCAGUGAUGUUGCAAUUUUCUCCAGAGGAAUUAAUGAAGUUAUUUCAGAUUUAAUUAAGAGAAUCCAUAUUCUUAGAAAUGAAGAAGAAGAUGGGGAAACUGUGACAGACGUUAACAGUCUUUUUUUUAAAUAUUCAAUGGAAGGAGUUGCAACUGUUUUGUAUGAGUGUCGAUUGGGGUGCCUAGAAAAUCACAUUCCCAAAAGUACACUGGAAUAUAUUGAAGCAUUGGAGUUGAUGUUUAGCAGUUUCAAAUCUACUAUGUAUGCAGGAGCUAUUCCCAAGUGGCUUCGUCCAAUUAUUCCAAAGCCUUGGAGAGAAUUCUGUAAAUCGUGGGAUGGACUCUUUAAAUUUAGUCAAAUCCAUGUUGACAAUAAAAUAAAUGAAAUAAAGUCCCUUUUAGAUCAAGGAAAAGAGAUAGAAGGUGGAUUACUUACAACUCUGCUUAGGAGAAAAGAACUUACAAUAGAAGAAAUUUAUGCCAAUAUGACUGAAAUGCUUUUGGCAGGUGUUGACACAACUUCAUUCACUUUAUCCUGGGCAACAUAUCUUUUAGCAAAGCAUCCAGAAGUGCAGGAUUCUAUCUAUAAAGAGAUAGUUCAUAAUUUGGGAAAAGAUAAAGUUCCUGAUGCACACCAUAUUCCCAACUUGCCAAUGAUUAGAGCUCUUCUCAAAGAAACCUUAAGAUUAUUUCCAGUUUUACCAGGAAAUGGAAGAGUUAUGCAGAAAGAUAUGAUUGUUGGAGGCUACUUGAUACCUAAAGGGACACAAUUGGCACUCUGUCAUUAUGCUACUUCAUAUCAGGAAGAUAAUUUUGCCUCAGCAAAGGAGUUCCAACCUGAACGCUGGCUAAGGAAAACCAAUAUGGAUAGGGUAGAUAAUUUUGGAUCCAUCCCUUUUGGUUAUGGCAUUCGAAGUUGCAUAGGCAAGCGAAUUGCUGAAUUGGAAAUUCAUCUUGCACUAAUACAGCUACUUCAGCACUUUGAAAUAAAAAGAUCUCCAAAAACUAAAUCAAUUUUUGCCAAAACUCAUGGAUUAUUGACGCCUGCAGAUUCCAUCAAUGUGAAAUUUGCUGACAGGAAAUGAAAGCAGUAAUGUUAAGAAGAUCUCCAGUUUUAGCUUUGAUGCAAGGUUCUCUUAGCCAUUAUGGGAUUUUCCUUCUAAACUUUAGAUGCUUUCACAGAAGCGUAUCUGUUUCCUGAAAAGUAUUAUACAUAACACAAAAUGUUAUGUAAGUAUCAAAAUAAUCCUUUUAUAUGCUCAGAAUUUUGUUUAUCUCUGAGAGAUACAGUAAAGGCAACUAAUGUAUCAAUUCACCAUACUGCAUUUGGGCUGUGCAUGCUUCAAAAAUUAUUUGGAAGAAGUAUCUUGGACCUCCCAUGAGUACCUCUUCGUUAUUCAUUAAAGCUUGAAAAAGGAGGGUCUGCUUUAAUGAACAGAAGAGGGAUGUUGUUAAACUCACACCAAUUAUUCCUGAACUGUUUUGUAGAGCUCAUACAUAGCCUUGUUAGAAUCCUUAAGCACAAUGUUCAUUGUAUUGCUUUCCUAGGAAACUCUUUACAAGAAUUAACACAUUUAUUUUAGUAGCCCCAAAUAUAUUCAAGUUAGUUACCCAUCACUAAAUCCUUCUCCUCAGUUUAAAAAUCCCCCUGUUAAAAUAAGAGUUAAUGGUUUAUCUAUAUAUGGUUAAAUGGUAACCAAUUUACAUUUUAAAAUAGUUUCAGUUAUUACAUACCUCAUGUAAAAUCUCUGAAACAAGAACAUUCCUUUAUCUGAUGGAACAUAUAGUAUUUACCAUUUUUGUGUCUUCAAUGUAAUCUCAAAAAUUUCUGUCUUGACUAUGCUUUCUUUCCAAAUAUAAAGACAUUUUAGAGAAAAUUCUGAAAUCUAAGCUUGUGCCUAUUCAGAGGUGUGAUCUUUAUUCCCUGAAAAGUUUUGGAAAUGACAUAUACAAUUUUGUAGAAUUAAAUCAGUGAGCAAUACAAAUGAUAAAAAAUAUUUUUUUUAUAUUUGUCCAUUUUUAUUGA